CAAGACGAGCAGUUAGUUGCAGUACAACCAUAAAGGGAGAAGAUUGUUUUUGGAUGAGGGGUGGCCAGAUAUAAUUUCUCCAGGGCUUGGAAGCUCAUUGGUGACUAGAAAUUUCAUUUCCAAAAAUGGACAUUUGGGUAUAUGAGGAAAUGAAUAUUUAAGACCUUAUGGAACCAGAAAUUGAGUUGCUAUCUAACACUGUCACUUGGUUCUGAGAAAGUUUAUUAUUUGACUUCAUACAGGGAUUUAAAGCCUAAUCAACACCAAGAUGUCAGAGAAAAAGUUGUCUUCAUGCCGCAAGCAUCAUCUAAAGAGUUUGAUACUGGCCAUUGCUAAAGGUUUACUAGAGGAGGAAGAAAGAAAGCGGAAGGAGGAGAGGAAGAGGUACAUGGCGGAAAGCUGUCCUCCUCUGCCCUUGCCCAGAUCCAUGCACGAGCUGCAGGAACUGUGUAGGGAGAUCCACCACAAGAUCGAUGUUAUUGAUGAGGAGCGAUACAACCUGGAGAUCAAAGUCAACAAAACCAACAAAGAGAUCGAUGACCUGAAGAUCAAAGUUCAGGACCUUACGGGGAGGUUCAAAAAGCCCGUCCUGAGAAAAGUCCGUAUGUCAGCGGAUGCAAUGCUAAAGGCUCUGCUGGGCUCCAAACACACAGUCAAUCUUGAACUGAGGGCGCACUUAAAGCAAGUCAAGAAGGACGCCAAAGAGGAAGAUAAGGAACUUUGGGACAUUGGUGAUUGGCGCAAAAACAUUGAGGACAAAUCAGGAAUGGAUGGGAGAAAGAAGAUGUUUGAGGCUGAAGCGUGAAACGAGUUACAUUAUUUACCAUCGACAGUUUCAUUUUUUACAAGAUGUGCAAGUUGAAAUUUGCAACAACUGAAGAAGAAGGUGUUUGUCUUCUUGCAGAAAUAAAACGUUUUUGGAACAA